AUGGCAACAGCAACGAAUCGUAUCUCUUCAUCAUCAUCUUCUACAUAUACAUCUAGUAAAUUUUCUAAUCUCUCAGAUUUACUUCAAAAAUAUUACACUAUAAUCGAAAGUUUAAAGCAAAAUCAUGAAAAUGAAGUUCAAGUUUUAAACAAAAGAAUCAAAACUCUUGAAUCUGAAAAUCAGCAUUUACGUUCAUUGCAAGAACAACAUCCACAUUCUAUAUUUGAUAUUAAUUAUGUAUCAUUUGAAGCAUCAACUAUUAGUCAGCUACAAUCAGAACUUGAACAAGCACGAAAACAAAUUGAUACUUUACAAAAUUCAUUAGAUCAACAAUAUUCGGAAUGUGAAGAAGUGAGAACAAAAUAUAAUUUACAACGUUUAAUGAAUGAAAACCAUUUCGAACAACAAAAUCCAAAUUCAGAUUCAAAUAAAGUUAAAGACCUUGAAUUGAAAUUAAAACAUAUUAAAGAUCAAAUAAAUCAAUUUGAUCAAUGUAAUUAUGAAAGUGAAGAACAGAUACGUUUAUUAAAACAAUUAAUAUCAAAUAAUGAACAAGAUCAAACAAAAACCAUAGCACAAAGUUUAACGGUUAAACAAUCGGAUUUAGUACAACAGACAAAUAUUGUUGAAAAUCUUUUAAACAAACAACACGAUAAAAUUUUACAUAAAAUUGUGGAAUUACUUAAUCAAAAUCCUCAACAGAAUUCACAAGCAACGACAAAAAACAAAAAAAUUAAAAAGAAAAGAUUAUAA